CCCCUCUAGAUACUACUAGUCAAACAUAGAGUGAACAGGCAGGUGAAACAGUGAUAGUUUUGUUGGCUCGGAGUCUUCCAGGACACAGGUUCAGUCCAAAGCACUUGGUGUGGCAUGCCAAAACAGAAAACAGGAUGCGUUCCCUGGCUCUCAUUUCUGUACUCGUGACAGUCUCUGUCACCUGGGCUUGGCCUCACCACCCUCAUGCCUCCUCAGAGAUGAUCAACCUUAUUAACAAAGCCAACACCACCUGGACGGCCGGGGAGAACUUCCACAACAUUGAUAUCAGCUAUGUGAAGGGACUGUGUGGAACCAUACUGAAUGGACCCAAGCUGCCAGAGGUGGUUCACAGUACGGAAGGCAUAAAGCUGCCAGACAGCUUUGACCCACGCCAGGAGUGGCCCAACUGUCCCACAAUCAAACAGAUCAGAGACCAGGGAUCCUGUGGGUCCUGCUGGGCCUUUGGGGCAGUUGAGGCGAUAUCCGACAGGAUAUGUAUCCACAGCGGUGGUAAGAUCUCUGUGGAGAUCUCUGCUGAAGAUCUGCUCUCCUGCUGUGAUGACUGUGGCAUGGGCUGUUUUGGUGGUUAUCCCGAAGCUGCUUGGGAGUUCUGGGCAAAGAAAGGACUGGUGACAGGAGGCCUGUAUGGAACCAAUGUUGGCUGCCGACCCUACAGCAUUGCUCCCUGUGAGCAUCACGUGAAUGGGACUCGUCCUCCGUGCCAGGGUGAACAGGACACUCCUAAGUGUACGGAGCAGUGCAUUGAUGGAUACUCACCAUCCUAUCAGAAGGACAAACACUUUGGUAGACGCACAUACACUGUCCCGGCCAAACAGGAGCAGAUCAUGACUGAGCUGUAUAAGAACGGGCCUGUGGAGGCAGCCUUCUCUGUAUAUGCAGAUUUUCUGCUGUACAAGACUGGUGUGUACCAGCAUGUGACAGGGGAAAUGCUGGGCGGUCAUGCCAUCAAGAUCCUCGGCUGGGGAGAGGAGAAGGGGACACCCUACUGGCUGGCUGCGAACUCCUGGAACAGUGACUGGGGAGAUAAAGGUUUCUUCAAAAUCAAGCGUGGUAAUGACGAGUGUGGCAUUGAGUCAGAGGUGGUCACAGGAAUCCCACUCAACUAGGUUCAAUGAGUCCCGGCUGCAAACAGUCGUCAAAUCAAGUUAAUCAAGGAAGAUUAAAAUAAAGAUUUUAUUUUGUAAGAGACUUGAGUAUUGCAUUGAGGUUUCAUGCAGCCAACAGGGAAUACACUGCACAACAUGAUGAACAUUAACUUUUGUGCUUACUGUGUUGCUGUUCUAAAUGACUCAUUAUUUGCAUCUCCGUUUUUCCCCCCAAUGAACUAUUCAGUGUUUCAGUGUGUUUUU